GGUGUUCAGUUCUACAUGCUGCACAGUGAGGCUUUCAUACAGGAGCUCGACAUGGAGGAUUUAAAGCUCUACAAAUACCAGGAGGAAGUGGUAGAAAGAGCCCUCCAGGGAGAAAACAUCAUUAUCUGGCUCCCAACUGGAAGUGGGAAGACCCGCGCUGCUGUGCACGUGGCCCAGAAACACCUGGAGAACACCCCCAACGCCAAGGUGGUGCUUCUGGUGAACACGGUUCACCUCGUUAACCAACACUACGCCCGAGAGUUCGAACCCCACCUGGGGCGUAAAUACGCCAUUCUGCCGGUGAGCGGCGACACCGAUGAGAAGGAUUACUUUGGCAUCGCGACGCGUGACAAACACGUGGUCAUCUGCACGGCGCAGAUCUUGUACAACGCCAUGAUCAACCAGGACGACGCGAAACACGCCGAGCUGUCAGAUAUCACUCUGCUGAUCAUCGACGAGUGUCACCACACCCAGAAGGAGACGGUGUACAACAAGAUCAUGAGACGCUACGUGGAGAAGAAGCUGAGACGAGACGGGCGGCUGCCGCAGAUCCUGGGCCUCACGGCCUCGCCGGGGGCCGGCGGCGCCAGGACCCUGGAGAAGGCCGUGGACCACGUCCUGGAGAUCUGCGCCAACCUGGACUCGGCCAUCGUCUCCCCCGUAAAGCAAGUGACUGAACUGAAGCAGACGGUCCUGAGGCCUCAGAAGAUCUACGACAUCGUGGAGAAAAGAGCUGAGGAUCCAUUUGGAGACCACUUGAAAAGGAUGAUGCAGCACAUCCAUGAGUUCAUGGACCCUCCUCCGGACUUCAGGCCCAGAGAGUUCGGCACGCAGGAGUACGAAGCCGACGUGGUCGAACUGAAGAAGCGAGGAAUAAGCGAGAAGAGCAGAGGGUUGACACAGUGUGCCGUCCACCUCAGAGAGUACAAUGAUGCCUUGCUCAUCAACGACACCCUGCGCAUGAUUGACGCAUACCGCUCGCUGGAGGAAUUCUACAAAUUGAAGUACGAAUCGGCGAUUGAUGCAACCGAUGACUUCCUGUUGGGACUGUUCAUUGAGAAUCGUGCCGAGCUGAAGGAAGUGGCACUGAUUUCUCGCUUCGAGAACCCAAAGAUGGCCCAGCUUGAGAGCACUCUGCUGAAGCAGUUUGGAUCAGGCGUGCCGUCAAAGGGGAUCGUCUUCUCCAAAACCCGAAAAAGCACCCACUACCUGCAGGACUGGGUCCAGGGAAACCCCGCCCUGCAAGACGCUGGCGUCAGGUCAGCCGUCCUCACCGGGGCAGGAAAUGGUUCCCUCAUGACUCAGAGCCAGCAGAAAGCCACAAUCGAAGAUUUCCGCAGGAACAGGGUCAAUCUCCUGAUCUCCACCAGCGUGGCCGAAGAGGGCCUCGACAUCCCUGAGUGCAACCUGGUGGUACGCUACGGGCUGCUCACUAAUGAAAUUGCCCAGCUGCAGGCCAUCGGACGGGCCCGCGCGAAAGACAGCCACUACUCAGUGGUCGCCCAGCAAGGGGGGCGCGAAGUUCACAGGGAGCGCAUCAAUGAAUACCUGGAGGGGCUCACCAGAGAAGCCGUCACUGAGGUCCAGGCUAUGGAUCGCCGGGAGUUUCGCCUAAAGUUAGCAGAGGUUCAAAGGGAAGCGCUCAUUUCCAGUGAACUGAAAGACAAACUCAUAGCAGAGAAGAAGAGUCGUAACGCUGCCUCCAACAUCCGUCUCUUGUGCCAAAACUGCUUCACGCCCGUCGCCAACGCUAACGACAUCCGAGUCAUCGACAACACUCACCACGUCAACGUCAGUCUCAAAUUCAAGGAACACUACAAACUGGGCCAUCUGGUGACUUUGCCGAAGAAGUUCGAGGACUGGGAGCCCGGCUGCACAAUCAAGUGUAACCACGACAACUGCAACAUGGAUUGGGGAUAUGAGAUCAACUACAAGAAGAAGGCUCUGCUGCCCAACCUGUGCAUUAAAAAAUUUGUGGUGGAGACUCCAGAUGGUCGCAGGCCUGUGAAGAAGUGGAAGAACGUUCCUUUCACUGUGAAGGACUUCAGCUUUGAAGAAUACUGCCAGGAACACUUCUCAGAUCUGUUUGAUUGAGGUGCCUUUGUGAUCUAUCACUGCUCACUUUUAAAGCAUUUUAAACAAUCAUGUUUCUGUCACUGAUAAAAUAUGAACUCUGUCUUUUUAAAGCUGCACUCUGCUCAUGCUUAUUCUUUACGUUUGAGCCUGUUUCUCUGUUACUUUGUUUACUUCCUCAGUUUUAUGACACAUCAACGGUAAUGAAUAAUGAAAUGAGUGUUUACAGUGGAUGUGGCACACUUGUGGGGUUGGGUUAUUGUUUAUGAAUAUGAAAUAAUGUAUUUCAGAUGUAUGUUUUUAUGGGGUAUUUAUGAGUGGAUUUUUUUUCUUUAUUGAUUAAUAAAAACUAAUUUCA